AUGGAGGCAAACCAACGUCACGGACGUGAUUUGUUUCACCGCUGUGUAGUAAAUAAAUCAAAUUAUUACAGAGACACUCCAUUGCUUAUGGCUUGCAGCGGUGGAAGCACGGAUGUGGUGGAAGUACUUCUAAAAGCGGGAGCAAAUGUAAACGUCACGGAUCGUAGAGGAAAUACUCCUCUGAAUAGGGCAGUAAAAAAUUCCCAGAAAAAUCUGAAAACCAUUAAAGUACUGUUGGAAUACGGAGCAGAUAUUAACAUACGUAAUCGAGACCGAAGAAUGGAUAUUAAUAGCGGUAGAUUGCUUAUUAUCGGUAGUAGUCCUUUAGACAAUGCUAUCUAUGAACUGCCUGUUGCAAAACUACUUCUUAAAAUGUAUAUCUUAAAAAAUGUUGACAAUUGUAAAAGGAUUUUUUUGGAGCCAUACAUUGAAAGCAGUAAUUACGGUAAAUUGGUUCAAUAUUUUGACGAUUGUGUUAGUGAAAUAAUUCAAAUGAAAACAGAAAUUGUAUAUCAUCAAAUUUCACUUCAUGAUUUAAUGACAAAAGUAGCAAUAGAUCUGUCUGGUAAUAAUGUAUGGGUUAAGAAAAUGAAAGAUGUGAUGACGAAAAGGUAUCCAGUGUAUCAUGACAUUAUAGCAGAAAAAAUUGAAUUAUGCAUAACAAGAUGGAGACUCUUGAACAAGUCAAGAGAACUAAAAUUUUUCACAGUAAUUGAAACAUCUGUGGGGGGAAAAACAAUUAUGUUAGAUCCUGAUUCUGUCCGUAUUAUUGCCAGUAAUUUAUCUAUGAAAGAUUUAUUGAAUUUCAUGUCUGCAUUGAGUAAAAGCUGUAAUUAUAAUUUCUUUUCUAGUUCUCAAAAAUUAUCAAAUUUAGAGAAGGAAAGUACAUUGACACCCAAUUCAUUUACUACUUGUCCAAAUCAGGCACCUAGCCAUUCUGUAAAACAAGCAAAGCUAGAUUAA